AUGUUGCGGAAGGUGAUACAGACCCAAGCGCUCUCUACCCGUGUACUCAUCGCUAGAAAAACUUCCAACAUUGUUAUUGCAAGGUUUUCAUCCAAUGCCAAUGAGUUGUUUAACCCUUUCAAGGUGCAGCCUGGUUGUCUCCAGCCUGGACUAUUGGCUAUGGAAUUCCAAGAACGUCGCGCAAAAUUGUUUGACACAAUGCCAAACAACUCGGCGUUUAUUACCAACGCAGCUGAAGUCAAGUAUAUGACACAUGAUAUCCCGUUUGAGUUCCACCAGAACAGCAACUUCAUGUACCUCACUGGAUUGGAGGAGCCUGAUGCUCAUGCAGUACUGGUCAAGAGUCAAAAUAAAUGCUCUUUUGUGCUCUUUGUACGUCCUCGGGAUCCACGCAGUGAGCAAUGGGAUGGUGCUCGGAUCGGUUUAGAUGGAGCUAAAGAUCGUUAUUUAGCGGAUGAAGCCUUUCAGUUGACGGACCUGGCCUUGGGCAUGCACAAACUGCUGUCUGGAGUGGACAAGGUAUUUGUGCUCAAGCCGGAUGGAGCAAAGUAUUCGUCGAAUUUUAUACACGCUACGCAGGACUUUUAUAGCAAAUUUGUUAGUGGUGAUUUUCUGGUUGAACAACUUCGUGUGGUAAAAUCCGAAAAUGAACUCAACCGUAUGCGGUUCGCGGCGGACAUUGGCGCGGAGGGAUUUAUUGACAUGAUGAAAAAUACACGACCUGGCAUGCUUGAGCUUGCACUCGGAUCGACUUUUGAAGCGUCCGUCAAGAAGAAUGGUGCGCUGUGGAACGCGUUUCCGAACGUCGUGGGUUCGGGAUCAAAUGCUGCAGUGAUUCACUAUUUGGCGAAACGUGAUUUGCUCUGUGAGCACGAUUUGGUGCUGGUUGAUUCUGGAUGUGAAGUUGCUGGUGGAUACGCAAGUGACAUUACGCGCACAUGGCCUGUCGGCGGAAAAUUGUCAGUAGGACAGGUCAUUUUGUACGAGUUUAUUCUGGAUGUCCAGAAGAAGUGCAUUGAGCAUUUGAGAAAAAUGAUUCAAGAAAAGGAGCCUAUUAGUUUAAACGGUCUACAUGACUACUCCGUGGAUCUCAUGAUGAAACAGAUGCUUGAAUUGGGAAUUAUGAAAGCCAAGGGCGGGCCACACUCGCGCUCUGCAAUGCGUGAGUUUCAAAAGUACAACCCGACGCACGUUGGUCAUUAUUUGGGCAUGGAUAUUCACGACACACCGCACAUCACGCGCGGUGCACCGUUGGUACCGGGUAUGGUAAUUACCGUUGAGCCGGGUAUUUACUUGCCGAAAAAUGACUUUGACGUGCCUAAAGAGUUCCGUGGAAUUGGUAUUCGAAUUGAGGAUGAUGUUGUGAUCACGGAGACGGGAAUAGAGAUUACUACAUCUAAAGUAUCAAAGGAGCUGAAGGAGAUGGAGGCAAUGCGCUAUGAGUAG